AUGUCGGGCUUCAUCGAUGAGACCCAGUUGUCCGUGGACAGGAAAACUACUCAGGAACGCAUCGGCAACGGAUCCAAAGUGUUGAGGGGUUUGGUCCACGUUACUGGGGAUCUGUGGAAUGUCACUGUCGCCAAUGAGGAGGUCAAGCAAAAACUACUUAAUGAAGAUCUGGUGCUUAAUGGAGUAAACUGUGCGGUUUAUGAAGUUGAGCAAUCCAGAACUUUGGUUAAGGUGAAGAGCCCCUAUGAGAUUCCGGAUGAACGGAUAGGAGCUGCUCUCAAACAGUUUGGAACGGUGCACUCUGUCGAACGAGAAUGCUACCUGUUCGACAGAACCUUGCAAAAUGGGCAAGAAGGUCAUUUCCAAAAGAAUUGUCCUCAAAAUCUGGACACUGAGAGUAGCGACAAUGGGAUAAGUAGUGGAGAUGAAGAUGACAUAGCAGUUGCGAUGGAUGAUAAUGGUAAUGAUAAGGACGAUGGUAAUAAGGACGACGAGGAUUUGAAUAAUGAUGAUCAUGAGCACGAAGAUAAUGACGGAAUGGAUGACAGUGAUGAUAACACGGAUGAUAGUAAUGAGGCUGAGGAUGAUUGUGAAAUGGUUAAUGGGGAUACGGAUGGUGGACAGGAGAGUAGCAAUGAUGUAGUGGGUAAUGAUGAUAAAAAUGAGGUGAAUGAGGCAGAGGACGGGAAGGAUAAAGAUGCUAUGGAUAAUGGUAAGGACGGGCAGGAGGGUGGUAGGAAUGAAGGGGGUAAAGAGGAGGAAAAUGAUGUGGACAAAAAUGCAGAUGAUGGUAUUUCAUCAGCUUCUAGCCAGGUCAAACAGGAGGAAGUAUCGUUGGGUUUCACUGAACCGUUGGUUCCGUACAGCUCGACCGGUCAGUCUGCCGAGCAAGACUCUUCACAAGACUUGUGGAGUCAGCCAUUUACCUGUUCCCAGCCAAUUGCAAAACAAGAUGUAAAUGAGUCCUUAUGGAGCACCCCAAAAGACCAAGUUAGCGGCAUUGAAGCCUCUGGAUCGGUUAUCCCCAUGGACGACACGACGUCGGAAAUGGAUGAUUCCCUUCCGGGAGAAGACCUAGACGAGUCAAUGCCGACAUACGCUAACGAUCAAGGCGAGGUUUUAGUCCCUGUCUCCACUUCUUUAGGAGUCCAUUAUCGGACCAUGCGCCGCAACUCAAAAAUUGAGAAAGUCAGGAAGCAGAGGAAAGUAAUUUACCUGUCCCAGGAGGACUUUGCUGCACGCAAGGCUGCCCUGUACAAAAAGUCGAGAAAAACAAAACUUAAAUAG